UUCAACUGAUCUUACAAACGUGCAUAGAUUGCGCUGGUUUCGAGUUUCCUAGCUAAGUUCCUGGCCGUCGCAUUUGCGCCGUUCCGGUGAGUGUGUUUCCCAGGUUCUCCCGCCGGACGCUUCCUCCUCGGUGCGCCCUAAACGCACUCGCCUGCGGGAUGUUUCCCAGAGUUCCGAGACGGCGAAGACCACGAUCGAGAUCGCGGCUGUGACGAGGAAGAUGUCCGACAGCAGGACUCUCUCGAGGCGGACCAGCAGCGGUGCGUUGUCGAUGCUGCCCGACGGCCCAGAGCGCACGCUUCGAUUCUGCAAGUACACUAGCAGGCAGCAUAGCAGCGUCGACGUGAUCGCAAAUGAGAUGGCAAUGGUCGUGAGCAGUUUCUUUGCGAGGCGGCAGAGCAGGAGAGAAGACCGGGUGCAGGAGAUCGCGGAGUGCGUCGAUUCCAUGUGCGUAAGGGGGCCCAGAGUCGGUCGCUGAACGGUCGAUCUGGUCACGGUAGCGCGGGGUGUCAUCACGCAGUGCAGCAAGAGAUGGCGUUUGGAGUACUCGCUGGUCAUCCACAGGAGGGCACGGCCUGCGAGGCGGUCGGAAAAACGACUGUCUGGAUGUCAGCCGAGUGGCACGCCAAGCUCGAUCUGUCUGCUGCGCCGGAUGCGGCGGACCCUUCUGCUAGUGCUUGUCCGCGUGACCCGGCCCGGUGCAAGUGCUGCGACGUCGCUGGUAGUAGGUCUCAUGCACUCUCGACGAGAGAAUGUGGGCAGCAGGUGGGGUUGGAGAGUGUGUGCACACGUAAUCACGCUCUGCAGUUAGACCCUGCGACUCGGACGGGGAAACAUGCGCUAGUUAGGCUGCGCUGGUCCGUAUUUCUCGACGUGGCUUUAGGAGCGUCGGCCUCUGCGCGCGUUAAGAUAUGCCCAUAUUGGUGGGCUGGGUGCUUAUUCCCAGUUGAGGCCGCAUGUUUCUAGCACCCAUUAUGAUCACGAGUCCCAGAGGACGAUGAUGUCCACGCCCCAGAUUAGACGAUGCUUACCUCAGCCCGCUGAUAAUCGGAAGAUCUUCCUGGCGUGGCAGUGCGAUAAAGGAUCCUGAACCGCCACAGCCUGACAUGCCUGGUCAACACAUUGUUUCGUGUGGUAAGACUGACGAGGCACAGUCUGUCGUAACCGCGCCAGUGCCUAUUUUUGGAGGUUCUAGAACCUCUUCUCCUGAAAGUCUGGGAAAGCAUCUUCGGGACAACACGAGCCCGCGAAAGGCACAGGGAAGCUGCCAUAGAUUCGGAAUCGCUCUAGUCCUCGUUUCAUCGGCCGAAAACAUGCAUUAGGCAAUGCAACUCGAAUGGGGCAGCGAGAUUCGUCUGACGCUGGCCAGAUGUCCCUACUUCAAGGAACCGAGAGUCCUCACUCCGACGACGCGCGCCAUUGGAUCGCAGCUUCUUCGAUGUGAACCGUCCGCGGAGACUAGCGCCAAAUGAAUGUUCUAUCGAUUUUUGGCUGGGAACUCAACACUGGCUUUAGGAGGCCAACAAAAAGAUGCGACGAUGGAGAAGCUCGAGGCUUGGACUGGGCGAAUAGUCCCCUCUUUGAACGGAGAUUCCACGCCGCGAGCUCUGUUACUAGCGUGGAUGGGCG